CAGGGAUCCUGUUUAAAGGAUGGCGAUUUGGCACGAGCACGCAUGAAUGAGGCUGAGGCCUGUUUUAUAUUGGCCGCACGCAAUUAUGCCGAUAAGACUGCUGCCGAUGAACACACAAUCUUACGUUCGUGGGCUGUUAAAGAUUUUGCCCCCAAUGUUCCGCAAUAUGUGCAAAUAUUCAGACCUGAACAUAAGCUUCAUGUUAAAUUCGCUGAACAUGUCGUGUGUGAGGACGAAUUUAAAUAUGCUUUGUUGGCUAAUAACUGUACAUGUCCUGGUGCCAGUACCCUGGUGACAUUAUUGUUGCAUACAUCACGGGGCCAGGAGGGUCAGCAAUCACCCGAAGAAUGGCAUCGUUUAUAUGGCAAAUGUUCGGGUAAUGAAAUCUAUCACAUCGUUUUGGGUGAUAGUCGUUUCUUUGGCGAAUAUGAGGGUAAAAGUUUUACCUAUGCCAGUUUUCAUUCACAUCGAAAAUACGGCGUGGCCUUGGUGGGUGUGCGUCCAGCUCAUUUGCCCGAAUUCUACGAGGAUACGAUAUUGUUAAAUCCCGGUCCUAGGCAUAUCAUGAAAAAGGAUGACACCUGCUAUUACAUGAGCAUUACCAAGGAGGAGAACUCUGCAUUUGUGGUUAAUCAAAAUCAGCAAAAUCAAAAUGCGGAUACAAUGGCGGGCAAGGAAAAUGCAUCGGAUAAUCCCACAUCUGUGAUAAUCUCAGAUUCCAAACAGAAUCUCAAAGAUACUGCGGUAACAUCGACAAAUGCAACGCAAACACCUGCAGCAACGACUACAACCACUGUCACUACCACCACCAUACCAUUAAGUCUGGGCGGAGGAGGAGGCGGUGGCCUCGGUAAUAUGGGCGGCGGCGGAGGAGGUGGUAGUAGUUCUUUACAUGGUAGCUUAGGUAAUACAUUGGGUAUCGGUGGAGGAGGAGGGGGAGGUAGUAGCAGCUGUGGUGGUGGAGGCGGUGGCCUUACUGUAGGUACCUCAUCCCUAAGUACGGGUAAUCAUUUAGAUGUCCCGCAAUCGGGUAAUCCAAAUCUAUUGAGCCCAGAUAUUUUAAGUCAAAGAAGGGGGAGCCGCCGCCCAUCCAUUUUACCUGUGCCUGACAUGUUCACCUCUUCCUCAUUUAGCAUAUCCGGCAACGAUGAUGGCGACGAGGGCGAUGAAAGUGAUGAUGAAAUUGAUGACGAUGUACCAUGGCGUUCACCAUCCGAGAAAAUAGCCAUCGUUAAAGGAUUUCCUCCGGUAUCACCGUUUAUUGGUGUUAGUCCUACGCUUUGUUAUUUGCUCAAGGAGAAGAAACCGUUAUGCUGUUUGCAGUUAGCACAGGUCUGUGAACAUUGUAGCUAUCGCAAUGCCAAAGAGUAUCAAUGGCAAAAUAAAACCAUUAUUUUGGCUGCCGAUUAUGCCUCAAAUGGAAUAUACAAUUUCAUUAUCCCUCUGAGGGCUCACUUCCGUUCCAAGACCUCAUUGAAUCCGAUCAUUUUGUUGCUGGAACGACGACCGGAUGUGGCAUUUUUAGAUGCUUUAUCAUAUUUUCCUUUGGUUUAUUGGAUGUUGGGCUCCAUUGAUUGCCUGGAUGAUUUGCUAAGGGCCGGCAUAACAUUGGCCGAAAGUGUGGUGGUUGUAAAUAAGGAACUGUCAAAUUCAGCCGAAGAAGAUUCGCUGUCGGAUUGUAAUACCAUUGUGGCCGUUCAAACUAUGUUCAAAUUCUUUCCCAGCAUCAAAAGUAUUACAGAGCUGUCGCAAAGUUCCAAUAUGCGUUUCAUGCAAUUUAGAGCCCAUGACAAAUAUGCUUUACAUUUAAGUAAAAUGGAAAAGCGUGAAAAAGAACGCGGCUCCCACAUAUCGUACAUGUUCCGUUUGCCAUUUGCGGCUGGUGCCGUUUUCAGUGCCUCCAUGUUGGAUACGUUACUCUAUCAGGCCUUUGUUAAAGAUUAUGUUAUAACAUUCGUGCGUUUGCUGCUCGGCAUUGAUCAGGCACCGGGCAGUGGGUUUUUGACAUCGAUGCGCAUCACCAAAGAGGACAUGUGGAUACGCACCUAUGGCCGUCUGUAUCAGAAAUUAUGUUCGACCACGUGUGAAAUACCCAUUGGCAUCUAUCGUACUCAGGACACUUCCAAUACGGAAGCAACACAUUAUUCGAUUAAUUUGGCGGAUGAGGCACGCGACAACCACGCCCAGCAAAUCGAAAGGGCGGAAAUUGCCAAUCUGGUGCGCAGUCGCAUGGAGUCGUUGAAUUUACCCACCAUUGAUUAUGAUGAUGUCAGCGAAAAGCGCAACCAUCUCUCGUAUGUGAUAAUCAAUCCGAGCUGUGAUCUUAAAUUAGAAGAAGGCGAUGUAAUAUAUUUAGUACGACCUUCACCCUUCUCAGCCCAGAAAACCUUUGAACGUCAUAAUUCACGACGCAAAUCAAACAUAUCAUUUUGUUCCAACAUCAAUUUGGGUGCGGCCUGCGGUCCCAAUGUCGGCCCAGUGGGUGUGGGCGGCAAUGCGGGUGCCGGUUCGAGACGUGGAUCGGGCAUGGCUGGCCUCAAUCCCAUGCAAAUGCAAAGUGUCCAGACAUUGGCCGGGUAUGCUUCGCCACGCUGCACGCCGCCAAUACAACAAAUUAAAUCCAAUUCUCUUUCUCUACCCGACAGUCCUACGGUUGUUGGCUCGCAGCGCGGACGGAGUAACUCAUUACGGAUCGAUAAUGAUAUUCUGCUGCGUCGUUCAUCAUCACUGCGUCAGGGUUUACCCAAUGUGGGCAUUAAUACGGGUCGCCGAAAAUCUUCACUGGAGGAGAUUGGCAUUAGCCAUUUUACCACACUGAUGCAGGCCACCAAUCACACAAAUCCCAUUAAAAUUGCCUUAAAUGGCAGCAUUGGUAUGGAGGUCACACCACCCGAAGAGCCAACACCCAUUCUGGGUGUACCCUGUAUUGUCCCAAGUGCACAGAGUGGUGGCAUCAAUCCCUCCUCAUUGGGUGGUAGUGGUGGAGGCGGCGGCGGAGGUGGCAGCGGUGGUUCCACCCUCAACAUUAACACAGCUGACUUGGCUGGCAGCUCGAAUCCAAAUAGCCCCCUACAAGUGCCCCAGGAUCAAUCACAAAACUCCGCUGUGCAAUCGCCCCAACAUCUGCAGGGUACAAUUGUAUGAUACAACCUUAUGUGGGGUCGCAGACUCCGCUCUUCAAUAUCGAAGAAAAAUAAAUGGAUUUAAUAUCGAGCCAAACGAGAUUGAGUUGACAUCGGGGUGCUGCGAC